CAAUGCCAGAGGGAAGUGGUUUCUCAUGGCCACAGCUGCUGACAGUGGAACCUGUUCUCUUCCUGUAUGCAUUUGGGUUGUUCAUGAAUGUUCCAGUGUCGCAGCAGUUUAUUUACCACAGGCUGAGUGAUGCAAAGGGAUUCCCUUAUCACUUUCAGCAAGACACAGGAUGUGAAGGAAAGAACCUGAAUGCUUCCAUGAAAAAGCUUGAGAAAGAGGUGCAAACGGAUGCUUCAUAUGUUCAGCUGGGUAUUGUUAUGUUUUCUGCCCUCCCAUCAAUCAUCAUUACUUUAUUCAUGGGUGGAUGGACAGACAAAGUUGGUCGACGCCCUGCCCUGAUCUUACCUACUCUUGGCAGUGCAUUAGAAGCUGUAGUAGUUCUCUUAGUCAUGUACCUGAAAUGGCCUAUUUACUGCCUGUUCAUUGGUGGAUUUCUGCAUGGUAUUUGUGGAUAUUACACAACUAUCAUCUUAGCUUGCAUGUCCUAUGUGGCAGAUACAACAGAGGAGUCCAGAAUUGCCCUACGAUUGGGUAUUAUCGAACUAAUUGUAUUUCUUGGCGGCAUGGUGGCUCAGCUGACCAGCGGACUGUGGAUAGAGAAACUCGGAUUCAUCACUCCUUACUGGAUCAUAUUUGGAUGCCAUAUGGCCGCCGUGCUCUACGCCAUUUUCUUUGUACCAGAAUCGCGCGCAAAAUCCAGCGAAAACCCAGGAAGGUUAUUCAGCCUUCAGAACUUGAAAUCCAGCUGGAAGGUUUACGGCAAAGCUACAGGCAGCAAGAAAAGAAACUUAGUGGUUUUGACGUUUUGUAACGGUGUUCUGGCGAUAGCAGUGAUGGGAAUCAAUGGCGUAGUGAAUCUUUACACUCUUCACUCGCCCUUGUGUUUUUCGCCGACGUUAGUGGGAUAUUUCUUGGCGUUUCGUCAAUUUAUGCAUGGAGUCGGUGGAGUGACAGCUAUAAAAGUGCUCGGGAUGUGUCUCCCAGAUGCCGUUGUCAGUCGUAUCGCCAUCUUGUCGUACACAGGGUUUUUGAUUUUUCUAGGAUUCUCCGCAAACGAGUUCAUGGUUUUCAUGGCUCCCUUAGUUGGUAUCUUUGGUGGUGCGGGACAGCCUGUCUUCAGAGCUAUGAUGUCAAAAAUUGUGAGCACAGACGAUCAAGGGUCACUUUUCUCCACGGUUUCCUCCAUAGAGAUGCUCUGCACUUUCGGGGGUACUGCGUUGUUCAGUUCUUUGUACCCCAAAUCUCUGAAAUUCAACAUGCCGGGAUUUGUGUUUGUCCUGGGAGGCACUUUGAUGCUGCUACCACUGCUCUGUACCUUUUGUUUGAGGGAUCAAGAGAUGUUCUCACGGAGAAGGAAAAUCGUCAAUGAAAAUACCAAAGAUAGCGAAGAUGAGAAAGAAGAUGAACCUUAUGAGCCCGACUCUCCUGAUAUUUAUGUGCCCGAUAAUUCCCCCAUCAUCCAACCAGUUCCUUAAGGGAGUGCGAUGCUCCUUUGAUACUGAAUCAUAAAAGGUUAUUUUUACCCUUCAAAUGAAUCAUGAAAAUUUUGAAAAAGAUUAUGUGCAUAAAACUGAGGCUAUGGGCAGGGGGCAGAAGCGAGGCGUGGAACUGAGACUAUUGCGAGCAGGCUUUUGUUAAGGUUACGACACGAGCAGAGAAGCUCGCGAGUUUCGAACCGGUGAGCGAAGAGAGCGUGCGUGAGGUCGCCUAGCGUUCUGGCAAUUUUUGCACCAGACUCUUGCAGACUUCUCGCAGGCGUCGCCGUCGUUUCGCAGCUAUAACAAGAGCGCGCUCGCAGGCUCUUGUUACAAUUGUAAAUGAUUGGCAAAGUUUUCUUGGGGCGGUCAUGUCAAUGAGUAAGUAACCUUUCUUCAUAACCGCCGUGACCUGUCUUCUGUAGAAAUACAUAUUAUGUUGCGUGACAUUUGGAUAAAAGCUACUAUGGGGAGGCGUGAAGAAAAUUUCCACUUCCCCGCUCGACGAUUAAUCGCGCUGCUUCUGUAUAUUCGAACAAGGCGAAAGAGUUUGUUGCACAGGUUUAAUGAAAGCCGAAAGGGGAAAUCGUGUUUAAUUUCAUGAGAGCAAUAAGAAUUUAUGUACUGAAAAGGAUAUUUUAUUUUUAAAACAAGGCAAUUAGUACAGUCAAAAUGAAGGCAAAAUAUAAAGCUCACGACAAUCAGUCAAUUACAGAAAAACCUAAUUUUGAUUACCAAAGAGCCAGAAUUGGGAGAAUAUAUGGAGAAGUCAUUUGGAAUAAAUUGAUAAAUAUUUUAUAACAACUAUCAUGAAGAUGGGAGACCCAAUCCAUUUUUGAAAUUGUAAAGAUAUGAAAAAUAAAAAAAUAAUUGAAACUUA